AUGUUAGAAGAUGGUCAAUUACGUUUAUUAGAUGUUGACGCAUCUGUUGUAUGUCCUGUUGAUACACAUAUUAGAUUUAUUGUAACAGCAGCUGAUGUAAUUCAUGAUUUUGCAGUACCAUCGUUAGGUAUUAAAGUUGAUGCAUCACCCGGUCGUUUAAACCAAACUUCAGCUUUAAUUCAGCGAGAAGGUGUGUACUAUGGGGCCUGUUCAGAAAUCUGUGGUUUAAAUCAUUCGCAAAUGCCAAUAAAGAUCGAAGCUGUUUCUUUGCCUGAAUUCUUAUCAUGGAUUGAUGAACAAUAA